AUGGGGAAAGUCGCGUGUACGUCGCUAUAUAUACAUGUGGGUCACUGGCUGAAGGGCAGCGGCAGCGCGAGGCCGUACAGCGAGGGUCACCGGCGGGCCUCCGUCACGUACACCGACACCGUCGAGUCCUUGGACCCCACGCCCAUCGCACACCUGCACACAAGGACACGUUACACACGGUCACACAGGGAUACUGAAGUGUAA